AUGCCUUUUAAUUUUAUCUAUAUUUUGUUUAUUAUAUUCUUUUUAUUACCUGGAAAUAUAAAAGGUAAAAAGGUCAAUAUAUCAGCAUAUAAAGCCUAUAUUUUAUAUUCCCAGAAAACUAAGAAAUAUCAAUUAUUAACCCCUCGUAAUAAAGCUAUUAAAAAUAUUAAGGAAAUACAGAAAGUUAAAUCAAGUAUUUAUCUUCACAAUACAAUUCAGAAUUUAAUAAUCAACAAUAAACUAUUUCUGUUUAGAUAUUUUGUUAUCCCUGCGUCUAUUAGAUUUUUUUUUAAAAAAUUAACAUUUUUGAGAUUACCAUUAUUACAUUUCGUAAGGAUAUACAAAUUUAUAAUAUAUAUUCGGUGCCUUCUUGAGUGGCUUCCACAAGUUAAUCCACACUUAAGUCCUUUUGUUUAUGUUUUUACAUACACAAAUAGUUAUGUCCAAUUUUUUCAUAAAUCUGUUCCCACUGUUUUUGGAAUCGAUUUGAGUGGAAUUUUUUCUUGGCUUUUUCUUGAGCUAGUAGAAAGUUUUUUAUCCUAA